AUGCUUUCGCUGAGUUCAAAUUCCACCUGUUCUUACAGGCCAUAUUUGGACCCUUGGACUAAUGCUUUGAAUCCGUGCUUUCUGUCACUCGUCAUAUUAAUAGAAGGUGCGUUUUUCACCCUCAUUGGAUUGAUCCAGCUUGUUAGGUUGAUUCGAGAGACUAGAGUGCCUAAAAAUAUCAAUUAUUUGUCAUUAUCCAAAGGUCAACUAGUGCAGUUAUCAAAUGUCGGUCUGGUUGUGGUCCUGAUAAUCUGCCAGACGGCUAUUAUUUCUGGCAGUCAAGAAAGUGUUCCUAAGGUGACCAUUUGUGCCCUUUUGACUCAUUUGUUUUAUGUUGCCUGCGUAUCAGUGCCAACUCAGUACCUGCAAUAUUUUAAGAGCACUUGUUCACUUGGGAAUCAAAUAUUUUACUAUAUGAUUCAGAUCAUUGUUUUAACGUAUGAGAUUGCUCAACGAUACGCACAUUAUCCUGAAGAAGAGUUCAAUUUGGUUGCUGGCCAAUACGGCGCAAUCCUAGAGGUUGCGCUGCUCAUAUGCUCAAUGACUAUAUUCUUGCAUGAUCUACGAUUCUACCAGCCUUCAAAUCAAUUGGAGACAUACUACAAAGAUAAUGAAAUCUAUCCGCAUGUGAACGUUCUAGCCCGCGUAACUUUCACUUGGAUGAACGAUUUGAUCGUUGAAACUUAUCGUCAAAAGAAGAUUAAGGACCCUUACAAUUUGCCCAAGCCACCAGUGAACGUUGACAUAAAGGAUAAUUCUCAUAGGUUAGCAGGUGCUUGGGAGGGCGAAAAAUGGAGAGAGAGAAACUCUCUUUUUAGAGCCCUCGUGAAGACAUUUGGUAAACCAAUUUUGGUAGCGAUGUUAUUUGAGACUACGAAGGAUUUACUUUCUGUCAUACAGCCACAAUUUUUGAGAUUGUUUAUCCUGUGUUUCAACAUGGAUUUCAAUUCCAAGUACCCUCCGCUAAAUGGUGUCUUCAUAGCUUCAGGCUUAUUUUUAUUAAGCGUCUUUUCAACCUACUUGCAGAAUCAAUUCUACAUUACCAUUUUUGAGGUGGGGCUAGGUAUGAGAGGGUCGCUAGUUGCGCUGUUAUACAAAAAAGCACUAAGACUCUCUUUGGCUUCAAGAGAGAAAAAGUCAACUGGUGAUAUACUGAACAUGACCUCCGUCGACGUAGGUAAAAUUCAAAGGUUUUUUGAGGACUGUCAGAUUAUCGUAGGGGCUCCCAUUCAAAUUAUUGUUGUUCUUGUAUCGUUGUACUGGUUGUUGGGGUCGGCUACGAUAGGCGGUGUUGUCACAAUGGCGAUCAUGAUUCCAAUCAAUUCCUUCCUAUCCAAGAGGGUUGAAAAGCUGUAUAAGAUUCAAAUGAAAUAUAAGGAUGCAAGGAUCAAGACCACAACAGAAAUUCUCAACUCUAUGAAAUCCAUUAAAUUAUAUGCUUGGGAAGAAGCGAUGCUGAAAAGACUAGACCACGUAAGAAACGGACUCGAACUUGAGAAUUACAAGAGAAUAGGGGUGGUCAGUAAUUUGAUUUAUUUUGCAUGGAAUUGUGUCCCAUUGAUGGUAACUUGUUCAACAUUUGCGAUCUUCUCGUUCUUUAACAAGACGCCACUGUCUCCUGAAGUUGUUUUUCCCUCACUGUCUCUAUUCAAUAUCUUGAAUGAUGCAAUCUACUCGUUACCAAAUACUAUCAACUCGAUCAUCGAGACAAAAGUCUCGAUCAACAGAAUCAAGGAAUUUCUGUUAAGUGAGGAGCUAGACGACUCUUUUAUUGAAAUCGAUAAGACUCCUUCUGAUAAGGUUAGCCCAGUAGUUGAAAUCAUAAACGCAACGUUCCUGUGGAAAUCCCCAAAGAUUUUGUUCAGUGAAGGCUCUGACGAAGAAUCUCGCAUUGAAAGUUCUCAAGUCGCACUAGAGAAUAUUAAUGGCUUCCAAGCAAAGAAAGGAGAAUUAACUUGCAUUGUCGGCAGGGUUGGUUCUGGGAAGUCCACUAUGUUGCGUGCCAUUUUGGGUCAACUACCCUGUGUAAAUGCCUCGGUCGGGGGUUUAGAGCCUAAGGUCCUUAUCAGGGCUUCUACAGUUGCGUAUUGUCCUCAGGAACCUUGGAUCAUGAAUGCGUCUAUUAAAGACAAUAUUACUUUUGGCUUCAGAUACGACGAAACCUAUUAUAAUGCGACAAUCAAGGCAUGCCAGUUGUUACCAGACUUAGAUAUUCUUCCAGAGAGGGACAACACGUUAGUUGGCGAGAAAGGAAUAUCAUUAUCGGGUGGUCAGAAAGCUCGAAUUUCACUUGCUAGGGCGGUAUAUUCUCGAGCAGACCUGUUUUUGCUUGAUGAUAUUCUUUCAGCAGUGGACGCAGAAGUGAGUAAGAACAUUGUUGAAAUGGUUCUCGACAAGAAGAUGGGGUUACUGAGAAAUAAAACAGUUGUACUAACUACCAAUGCCAUCUCUGUUUUGAAUCGGUCACAAAAGAUAUACAUGCUAGAAGGUGGCUCCAUUGUAGAAGAAGGAUCGUUUACGGAAGUGACCUCUUCUCCAGAGCCAUCAAAACUCAAGAAAAUGAUUGAUGAAUUUGGAGGAAAUAUGAAUUAUCCACCUUCAGAAUCAGCCGAUAAUCACUCAAUUGAGAGCACCAAUUCGAAGGUGCCAAGCAGUGAAAUUAACGAUACUGCGGCAUCUUUGUAUUCUGAAAACAUGUUAGCAGAUGCCGGAUUGAAUUCAAGAAGGGCAUCGAUAGCCACUUUUCACGCAACGAAACUGUUUACUGAAGAUGGAUCUAAUGCACUCACAGCCGAGAAAAAGGAAGAGGGCCGCGUUAAGUCUUCGGUCUAUAUGUUUUACAUCAAAGCUUGUGGUGUUGUUGGAGUGACUUUGUUCUUCUCAUUCCUUAUUCUAAGCAGGGUGUUCGACGUGGUCGAAAACUUUUGGUUGAAAUAUUGGUCAGAAGAAAAUGAACGGAGAGGUACCAAUGAAGAUGUAUGGAAAUUUGUUGGUAUUUAUGCAGCUAUCGGGGUGUUUUCUGCUGCUUUCAAUAACCUCAGGACAAUUGUUUUGCUACUAUUUUGUACAAUUAGAGGUGCCGCGCAACUGCAUGAUACAAUGGCCAAGACUGUCCUACGGAGUCCAAUGAGCUUUUUCGAAACAACUCCAGUAGGUCGUAUCAUCAAUAGAUUUUCUUCAGAUGUGCAAGCCGUAGACAGCACAUUACAAUGGGUCUUUGCAUUCUUUUUCAGGUCAAUCCUAAACUAUGCCGUUACCGUCAUUUUGAUCAGCUACAAUAUGCCAUGGUUUCUGAUUGUGAACGCAGUGCUUUUAAUCAUCUACAUUUACUACCAGGCAUUUUACAUCACUCUCAGUAGAGAGCUUAAAAGGUUGACAAGCGUCUCAACAUCACCUAUUAUGUCACUGUUCAGUGAGACUCUGGGAGGACACGCUGUUAUCAAUGCAUUUAAACAUUUCGACAGAUUUGAUUUUAUCAACUUCAACAACGUGCAGUUCAAUAUCAAUUGCUCUUUCAAUUUCAGGUCCACUAAUAGAUGGCUCUCGGUACGCCUUCAAACAAUAGGUGCAUUCAUAGUAUUGGCCACGGCGCUGCUGGCUCUAAGCACGAUAAACUCAGAAAGAAGAUUGAGCCCCGGCAUGGUAGGGCUCUUGAUGAGUUAUGCUCUUCAGGUAACGUCGUCGCUCAUGUGGAUUGUUAGAAUGUCAGUUCAAAUUGAAACGAAUAUUGUUUCAGUGGAACGUAUCUAUGAGUACUGUAAUUUGACUCCCGAGGCGCCAGAAGUUAUCGAGUCAUGCAGACCAAAAAAAACCUGGCCAUCGGAAGGUGAAAUAAUCUUCAAAAAUUACUCCACGAAGUAUAAGACCAAAGGCGACUUAGCUUUGAAAGGGAUUAACCUGUCAAUCAAGCCUCAGGAAAAAAUUGGUGUAGUUGGGAGAACUGGUGCUGGUAAAUCUACACUAUCCUUAGCACUGUUCAGAUUACUGGAAGCCACAGAGGGUACAAUUGAAAUUGAUGGCCUCGACAUCAGUAAGAUGGGACUCAAGGACUUGAGAAGUCACCUUGGCAUUAUUCCGCAAGAUGCGCAGGCAUUUGAAGGAACUGUGAGGUCCAACUUAGAUCCAUUCGAACAAUACUCAACGGAGGAGCUCUGGGCAUCAAUUGAGUUAUCUCACCUAAAGCCUCACAUAGUCGAAAUGUUCAGAAAGGAAGAUAACUCGGAAUUGCCAGCAUCUAAAGAGAAAAUGCUUGACGUUAAGAUCAGCGAGAACGGUGGAAACUUGUCGGUCGGACAACGGCAAUUACUCUGUUUAUCCAGAGCAUUGUUAAAUACUUCCAAGGUGCUUGUUUUGGACGAGGCUACUGCAGCUGUCGACAUGGAGACGGACAAAAUUAUUCAAGAAACUAUCAGAUCAGAGUUGAAGGAGAAGACUAUUUUAACGAUAGCACAUAGAAUUGACACUGUACUUGACAGUGACAAAAUAAUUGUCCUUGAUGCGGGACAAGUGAAAGAGUUCGAUACACCUGAGAAUCUAUUGUCAAACAAACAGUCUAUCUUCUAUGCACUCUGCGAAAAAGGCGGAUAUCUAGACAAGAAGAGGUCGUAG